CAGCAACGGCCUCAAACUUUUUGCAAACCAAACCACCACCGCCGACCCGACGACCGGACGACCGCCCGACGACGACGUGGACUCAAACUGCCAAAAAGUCAUGAUGUGUUUGAAUUCCUGAAUUUGCCUUUUGUUCCCCAAUGCGACUCCAGCUGGUUCUGGCAGUGCCCUCGAGAAAUACAGAACGAUACCCAACUUGCUCCCUGCGUCCUGUGACCCUUUCUCAGACCAUCCGUGCCUGACCAUCUGUUGUCUGUGCCCGCCUAUGCUCCCGAUUCCACGUUGUCGUUACUAUUGCUUCUCCCAGAGAGACCGCGCUCGAUGCACGGCUCGUCCUGUGCUCAAUCGUCAAUCCCACCGCUGUCGCUCCCUUCAAUCGCCUCAACGUCUUCCGUGCAGUCCAACGCCAUCCCUUCACCUCGCUGCUCCUACACUCCCGCCCCCAGCAGCCGCCGUUCCGAUGCUCCCUACAAAGCCAGCCAAAACUAGUCUUGACUUUCUGGCUCCUUACGUUUGGAUCGACCUCGCUGUUCGAGAGGGACGAUUCCAUCGGCGUUGGGAUUGUCUCUAACGGCUCGCAAUUGGGGUAUUGGAGGUGCCGACCGAUUGAACACUGGACAUUGAACACU